UAAUUCCUUUAUUAUUUACUAAAUGUACUAAAUGUAGAAGAGGGGAAAACAGAAUUGAGAGAUGGCCGCAAGGCUGCUAGGACACCGGCGGCCGCCAGGCGGCCAUCUCUCAAUUGUCCUUCGACCUUCAAAAAAUUCCUGGAUCCAGACGGUGAUUCGGAUCACCUCCAAAAUCUAAUCGAUUCUUACUCUUGCUCUUCCGGACAUCCUGUAAAAAUGUGGUGAAAAUCCGUCCAUGACUUUUUGAGUUAUGCUGAUAACAGACAAACAGACAAACAGACAGACAGACGGACACGCAGACGGACAGACAGACAAACGGUAUGGCGGAGGUAUGCGCUCUCCGAGUGCUUUUCUAGUUGCUUGUGUUUACUUUUUCUGACAACAGAGGUUUCUGUAGACACACACUUCACACUAUUCCCUUCAUGUUUGACACAGAUGAGACUGUUCCGGUACCAAAACCACGUCCCAUCAGAUUUUACCAACAGAAGCUUCAGUCAAACUUCCAGGACACGUUUAAGGUUACAACAGAGGGGUGGGCAGCAGAUAAGCAGCUUCUGGUUGAUAUCUACACAGAGCUGUACAUCACAGCUGGCUGGGACGUGCACGUCAACACACAGCAUGAGGUCCUACAGAUUGACAAGGUGUGGAAGAGAUCAGACACAGAGACACAGAUCCAACCCAGAGACAUUUUGCAGCAUCCUUCUGGAAAAUACAUACCCAUCAGAACAGUGCUGACCAAUGGGAUUGCAUGGAUUGGAAAAACAUUCCUCGUGCACAAAUUUGUGUUGGAUUGGGCCGAAGAAAGAACCAAUCAAGACGUGCAUCUUAUUUUCCCGUUCACUUUCCGUGCUCUGAAUUCACUGCAGGGAAAAGAGUUUGGUUUGGCAGAGCUCAUUCAUUUCUGUAUCCCAGAAACUAAACACAUCUCAGUGAAGGCUCUGAAUUACAUCUUUACAGCUCUGCAGUCAUCAGGAACCAGCAGCUACAAGAAGAGCAGAUUCAAACUGCUGUUUGUGUUUGAUGGCCUGGACGAGAAUCGCCUUCAUCUGGACUUUAAUGUCGACAGCAUUCCCUCCGUGGAUGUAACAAAGUCAAUGAAAAUGGAAGUCUUGCUGAGGGAACUUAUCAGGGGAAAACUGUUGCCCUCUGCUCGCCUCUGGAUAACCACACGACCUGCAGCAGCGAAGCAGAUCCCUGAAAACCUCAUCAACACUAUAACAGAGGUCAGAGGGUUCACCGACCCACAGAAGGAUGAGUACUUCAGGAAGAGAUCCAGAGAUGAGGAGCAGGCCAGCAGCAUCAUCUCCCACAUGAAGAAGUCACGAAGUCUCCACAUCAUGUGCCACAUCCCAGUGUUCUGCUGGAUCACUGCUACAGUUCUGGAACAGCUGCUGGAAACCAGAGAGGGAGAAGAUCUACCCAGAACCCUGACUGAGAUGUACACAGAGUUUCUAAGAUUUCAGAUUGAUCACACAAAAGAAAAGUACGGUGCAGAGAAGAGUAUUCAGUGCAUUAAGUCAUUUGCUAAACUGGCUUUUGAACAGCUGCAAAAGGGAAACCUGAUCUUCUAUGAGAAAGAUCUGAGAGAACGUGGCAUCGAUGUGGAAUCAGCCUCAGUGUACUCAGGAGUGUUCAUACAGGUCUUUAAAGAGGAGAGAGGGCAGUACCAGGACAAGGUGUUCUGCUUCGUCCAUCUGAGCGUUCAGGAGUUUCUGGCUGCUCUUCAUGUCUAUCAGACCUUCAUCAACUCCGGAAUCAACCUGCUGGAAAAAGAACAAACUGCCUCCAAGAAGCCUGAACUAAAACAUCUUCACCAGAGAGCUGUGGACGAGGCCUUACAGAGUCCAAACGGACACCUGGACUUGUUCCUGCGCUUUCUCCUGGGUCUAUCACUGCCGACCAAUCAGAAUCUCCUACAAGGCCUGCUGACACAGACAGGAGUUAGCUCACAGACCAAUCAGAAAACAGUGGAGUACAUCAAGGAGAAGAUCAGUGAGGAUGUGUCUGCAGAGAGAAUCAUCAAUCUGUUCCACUGUCUGAAUGAACUGAAUGAUGUUUCUGUAGUGGAGGCGAUCCAACAGUCCCUGAGAUCAGGACGUCUGUGCAGGCAAAAUCUGUCUCCUGCUCAGUGGUCAGCUCUGGUCUUCAUCUUACUGUCAUCAGAAGAACAUCUGGACGUGUUUGACCUGAAGAAAUACUCUGCUUCAGAGGAGGCUCUUCUGAGGCUGCUACCAGUGGUCAAAGCCUCCAAGAAAGUUCUGUAA